AGUGUGUUUACAUUUCCACGUGACGGUGCCUGGCUAGUUUGUUAUUUUACUUAACUUCUCUCAGUUCUACAAAUACACAAUCUUUCUCAUUUUAGAGACCAUUGAUACCAAGAUCAAGAUAUCAGUGACAUCUUCAAAGGCUACGAAACAGUUGAGCCUGGAAAAAUGACGGGUGGCUGGGAAAAUAAAGAAUAUGAAAAUUGUGGAGACCCGAAGGAGGAAAGUGGCAAUCAAGUUGACAGUGAAGUAGAUGAUAGUGAUGAUGGUGAAGUAGCUGAAGGUGAUGGUAACAGUGAAUUAGAUGAAGGUGAUGACAGUGAAGAAGAUGGAGUGAAUGAAGAUGAUGAUGAUGAUGAUGGAACCGAAGAAGAUGAAGCUUUAGGCGAAUCUGAUGGUGAUGAGGAUUCUGAAGAUAAAGAUGAAGAAAUGGAGGAAGAGGGUAGGCCAAAGGGAAUGAAAAGCAAACAUAUUGUAUUUGAAGAAGAUGAAGAUUUAAAGAAUCUACUCAUUCCUGACACAUUAGUUAAGAGUAAGACAGUCCAGGAUGAAGAGCCAGAAGAAUCAGAUUCAGAUUCAGCUCCUGAAGAAGCCACCACCACUGUGGCAAAGGAACAGGCUGAUAUGGAAGACUUGAAGAUAAAGAAAGAAAUACAAAGACUCAAACUAAAAGCCAAGGAAGAUAGAAAAAGGAAGCUAGAGAGAAACAAGCUCCAGCAGGCAGAUAAGCGGCGGCGCUUAGAAAAGUUGGAAAUGAAACGAUUACCCGAGAACCUGCUUGAAGCUGUAGUUGCAGAGCAGAAGACUCAAACCAUACAGAAAGCAGCAAUUCAAAAGAAAGAAGGAAAUCAUAAAAAAUUUACUGAUGAUGAUAAUGAUGUUGAUGACCCAGUGGAUGAAAUCAUUGAUGAUGAUUUUUUAUCCUUGGAGCGUGGAGUUAAAGUACGGGCUUUGCAGCAGGAGACCAAAAAAUACGCCUCCAUUGCUGAGAAGGCAGCAGAUUUCAGACAGAAAGCUCUCUAUGGUAAUAAAUAUAAAAGAAUGGCAAGUAAAGAACUGAAUGAAAUGAAGAUAAAGCAAGUGAAAAGCGGGAAGAUUGCUCUAGUCACAAGAAAAUUAAUAUAACUUUGGUUUUUCUGUCUAUCAUCUGUGGCAACAUUGAUAAAAAUUGUACUGUACUAAGUUUUGUUAAAUAUUCUUAUAAAUAUAAA